GCGAACCUCGCAAAACCAGCUGUUUGUUGUUCUUUCCAAAGAUCGGCGCGCGCUGUUUCUCUGAGCUCUGGAACGGCGCUUUGCCUCGGGGAUCACGGGCACUCGCCUCUCGUGCCGGGGAGUAAACAAAAAAAACUGCGGAUGGCUGGUAGUUUUACGUGAGGCAUCGUCGCGAGUAGUUGAUGUACUUGGUGUUAAAGGAAUUGACGCGGUAUUUACUGAAGGAUAUUGAACGAGUAGUAUAUGUAUACACCUGCCUUCAUCAAUUGGAUGUGUUCAAGAUUUGAGACUCUGUAGUUGUGAAGUGAAAAAACAACGGAUAACCUGUUUUUUGUGCGGCUCGCUGGAAUCGGUUUCUAUUGAAUCCUCGGUCUCAUGACCAAGACAAACAUCAAUUAGCUCCAAUCAGCUAAGGCAUGUUUUGGGUUCCUUGCUCCAAUUAACUGACUCCUCUGUCGAUAAGAAGAGAUGGUACUUCCUCGUUGUCCAAGGAAGGAGGCACUAAGCCGGAAAUUCAUGCACAACUGAGUCCUCGGUUCGAUGGUGGAACCUUGGAACACGAUGUUUUGAGGAGGAGCACGCUCCAAUGGGACUGCAAGAAUGAAGCGCAAACGUAGUGGCUCGAUGUUCCAUGAUGGAACACGAGGAUCAUCUCGAUCCGCUUUGCCAUCCGUUAUCCUCCGUCUUGGCAUUGUCUACUCCAUGUCCAGCUGGUUAUGGUCAUGCUCAUUGAUUUUCACCCUGGGAGGCCUCCUGGUUGGUGGUGGUGCGGAUGGUGCCCCGCCCCCAGUGCCAGACGAUUGUCAGCCGUCUCCGUUUGAAGAUGGUCUAGCUCUGAUCUGUUCUUUGUCGGCUAUCAACUCGGCUGAGGAGAAAACCAAUUUCUCGGUGGUCCCUUCCGAGCACACUCUCAGCCUCACCGUGAGGUGUCGAGAGCCCUCACUGAGUCGAUUGGAGGCUGAUGGAUUCCGGAGCCUCCAACACCUCAAGAAGCUCACUUUAGAUGGCUGUCACUUGAGAGCCAUCCCUCCUCGGGCCUUCUAUGGGUUGGAUAAGUUGCGGUCGCUGACGGUGAAGACCCGCAAUGCAGGGGUGCUCUCCGUGAGCACGGACGCUUUUGUGGGCUUGAGUGCUCUUGAGCAUCUCGAUCUGAGUGGCAAUUACAUCCGUUACCUCUCACCCCACGCCCUCUGUCCACUGACGAGGCUGACGUCACUCAAUAUGUCCCUCAAUGAAAUUGGCACCCUUGCCGACUUGGGGAGCAGUCUGACGUGCCUGGAGUCCGUCCAAAAGAUCGAUUUGUCCAACAAUGACUUGUCCCAUCUCUCCUCCGAGUAUCUGACCUCGAAGACUUGGCCCAAACUGGAGGAACUCCGUCUCAACAACAAUUAUAUUCGCUCUCUCAAGGGAAAUAUCUUGCGAAUGAAGACGUGGCUCCACUUUGUGGAUAUGGCCAACAAUCAACUCUCCUCCUUACCCGAAGAUCUAUUUCAAGAUGCAAUGCGACUCAAGAGGAUUAGCCUGUCAAAUAACAGCCUGGUUGAGCUGCCAUCGACCCUCCUCCAAGGGCCAGUGAGCCAAUCUCUGGAGGUAUUGGAUUUGUCGGGUAAUCUUCUCACAUCCGUGGAUGCUCCGCUACUGGAUAAUCUCCAGGCACUCACCUUCCUGGAUCUCAGUUUCAAUGCAUUAGUUUCCAUUGACUCAGCGAGGGAUUUCCGCGGCCUGAAUGCACUCCAAUCGCUCAAACUGAGUCAUAACAAGCUGUCGAGGCUACCUAAUCUCCCUUUGCCCGCCCUCAGAUCCCUCGUUCUCUCCCACAAUGAUCUCACAUCGAAAUUACCAGGUCGGAUCUUCACCAAACUCCCCAACUUGUCGCACCUGCUCUUGGACUUCAAUGACAUCCAAGAACUGCCCCAGGCCCUUUUUAACAAUGCCACGCGCAUCACAGUGCUUGAUCUGAGCCACAAUCGCUUGGGUGUCAUUCCCACCGCCGUGAACAAUCUCAAGAAUCUCCAAUCAUUUGCUAUCAGCCAUAACCACUUGAAGAACCUUAGUCAGCUCCAACUCCCGGCCUUGUGGAGACUUCAGGCCAGUGGCAAUAGCUUGAGCAACGUCACUUCCUCUCAAUUGGAUGGAUUGCCUGCUCUUCAAGUGUUGGACUUGUCUCUGAAUCGAAUUCAGGACAUCGAAAAGAGUGCAUUUGACUCAAACAAGCCUUUGCAAGCUCUUCGGUUGGAUGGUAAUAAGUUGACUCGGAUUGAUGGGCUCUUCCAGAAUCUGCCCAAUCUGACAUGGUUGAACGUGUCGGCCAAUGAAAUAUCUGUUUUCGAUUACGCCAUGGUGCCCACCACUCUCCAGUGGUUGGACAUGCAUCAAAAUCAGAUCCGCUCACUGGAAAAUUACUUCUCCCUCGAAAGCCAGUCCCAACUCAAGCACAUUGACGCGAGUUUCAAUCAAAUCAAGGAACUCGGUCCCCAGAAUGUUCCAAAUAAUGUGGAGACCUUGCUGCUCAAUGACAAUGAAAUAGCCACUCUCGUGCCCUACACUUUCUUCAAGAAGUCCAAGUUGAAGAAAGUGGACUUGUCAGUUAAUCAGUUGGAGAUGGUGGACCGCAACAGCUUGCGGUUGUCCCAGGAUCAACCAGACAUGGUGUCCAGUCCUUCGCUGAUGGCGAAUGGCCUCUAUCCUCACGAGUUACCCAACUUCUACUUGGGCGGGAAUCCCAUCCGGUGUGAUUGCCAUAUGGCUUGGUUCAAGUCCAUAAACAAUGAGGAGGCCAAUGCCUUACAGAACUUGCCCCAUGUGGCCGACCUCGAGUCCAUUUAUUGUCAACUCAUGUACUCAAGGGACAAGAGUUUCGUGCCUUUGGUGGACGCUCGCAUAGAGGAGUUUCUCUGCAGUUACAAGACACACUGUUUUGCUCUCUGCCACUGUUGCGAUUACGAUGCUUGUGAUUGCGAAAUGACUUGCCCAAACAACUGCACUUGCUACCAUGACACCUCCUGGACCAAAAACAUUGCCGAAUGUUCCAAUGCUGAGUUCAGGGAGCUCCCCGAGCAAUUACCCAUGGAUGCCACCGAGAUCUUUCUUGACGGGAACAACCUGGAACUGCUGCCGUCUCACACCUUCAUUGGUCGGAAAAACUUGGAAGUGCUCUAUCUGAACAAUUCCCUCAUCAGCAUUGUGGACAACCACACUUUCAAUGGACUGGCCUCGCUUGAAGUGCUCCACUUGGAGGACAAUGCCAUUAGCAAGCUCCAAGGUGACGAGUUCCAUGGUCUCUUAUUCCUUCGGGAGCUCCAUUUGGAGAACAACCGCAUCCACAGCGUGAGCAAUGCGACAUUUGAGGACCUCCGAAGUUUGGAAGUGCUGUUCUUACAUGGAAACCAGAUCAUCGACUUUCCCGUCUGGACGUUAGCACUCAAUCCCAACUUGAAGAGUGUUCAAUUGGCUGGAAAUCAUUGGUCUUGCUCGUGCCGGUUUAUGGAGAAUUUCCGUCUCUGGCUGGUGCGCAAUAGAGCCACUGUUCUAGAUGGGUCUAACAUUAUGUGCGUGUCUUCGAAUGAGGCCGGGAGUGAAGUGUUAACCUCGUCCAUGUUGAACAUUACUAAUUGUCUCCAGGAAUCGGCCAUUACGGCCACCACUCACAUUCAGCAGGCAAUGGGCGACGGCCAGAGUGACUUGGCUUAUGCCACAGAUAACAAGGAUGACACUAACGACUCGGGUGGUUCCGUGAUUGUGAGCAAGAUCUUGUUCGAUUUCCUGCCCAUUUUCUUCUCGGUAAUUGCCGUGGUGGUUCUCCUCAUUAUCCUGGCGGUGCUUGUCUUUUUGUACCGGAACAAGGUUCGUCUCUGGCUCUAUAGCAAAUAUGGGAUCCGCUUCUUCCACCGCAUUGAUGGUAUCAUGGACGACGCUGAUAAGAUCUUUGACGCGUUCAUUGCUUACAGUGCCAAGGACGAGGCCUUUCUCCGCCAAGUCUUGGCCCCAGAGCUAGAACUCUCCCAGACCUCUAGUCAGCAGUACAAAUUGUGCCUCUUCUAUCGGGACCUUCCGGCCAUUCACCACAUCAAUGGGGGCGGGAUUCCACUAGCACAUCAUCCCCAUCACCAUCAUCACAUCUACCACCAGAUCCCCGAUGCGAUUGUCCAGGCGGCCGAAGCGUCACGUCGGACUGUGAUCGUUUUGUCUGAACAUUUUCUUAAGUGUGAAUGGUCGCGCUACGACUACAAAUCAGGCCUUCACACGGCCUUGCGUUGCAAUCGUGGGAAAAAACUCAUUGUGAUCCUCUUGGGUGAUAUUGCAAGUCGACGGGAUUUGGACCCAGACUUGAGACUUUACAUGAAAACGGGGAUCGUUUUACAAUGGGGUGAUAAGUUGUUCUGGGACAAGCUUCGCUACGCCCUGCCCGACAUUCGAAUCUUGAACACGUCAGCAUUUUCUCCCGACACCAAUUCAUUCCGAUACGAGACCUACAACCCUCACCAGUCCAUGGCUACCCGAAGCAUGGGCAGUUCCACUUAUCAGAGUGUCCUCACCACCACCACGCCCGAUGAGCAGGACUCCACGCGAACCAUGACCAUUCAUAUCUAGAACUGCCCAAGGAGAGCCGAAAUUAUGGAAGACGAGGCCAGGCUAUAAAUCCAAUCUUGAACAGGAGGGACACUCAUUUAAUGGGAUGUUGAAAAUCUACUCCACUCCAUUGUUCUCUGGGGCCCACUGAGUCGAGUGGGGAUUCUCACGAUUUUUUAAUUCUUCUCCGUUAUGAUGAACGGAGAGAAUAUUCAAGAACCUGGUCAACCCACCUCCCUUGACUGCCAUCCAUCGACCCCUGAACUUUUGAAACGGGAAGAAAAUUGUUGGGCAAACUGUCAGAUAUUCCUUCGUCUUAUUCUUCUCCUCCUCUUCUCUCGUAUCUUCCGUCUCUCUUCUCUUCAUGCCGGAGAACAAUUUCAUCGAAAGUGAACCUGUACACCAUGUAAUUUAGUCAAGUGGACCCUCGGACCCCCUUCAAGUACUCCACGCAGUCCCCGUCUUGCUUUGGGAGUGCUGAGCAGCUCCAUGAGUGAGUGAAAAAUCAAGUUUCUGAGGCCUCCUCGCUCGCUCGCUCGCUCCUCUCAUGUGAUCAUCCGUGCUCUGUAACCACUCUUCCUUGCCCACUACUCAUGGUCAUCUUUGUCCAAGACUUGUAAUAAUGAUCUACAAACGAGCUGCUCCCGCUCCAGGCUCCACUUGACUCUCCUCAAUUCAGUUUCUCAUUGUUCGUUUCGAAUUCAGACCCCAAUUCCAAAUAUCAGCCCUCCUUCUCUCCCUUCAUCGCGUCAUCACCCAAAGUGAACGUGAACGGAAACUAACCUCAGCGUCAAGUUCUCCCAAUUUUGUGGACGGUUCCUCAAUCUCCGACGUACAGAUUAACCGGGUGAUUUAAUUGCCUUGUAAAAAUUAAGAGAACUAGGCAGGGGAAAAUUGGUCGGGUGCUUUUUUAUGGUGAUGAUAGAGUCGUUCGUUCUAUCAGGAAAAUUUUAUAACCCCCUCUCUCACUUCCUCCAUCCACUUUUUCCAAUGUUCCAAUCUUGAGCAAGGCAGAAGAAGAACCCUUUAAGACCUCCUACCUCUUUUCUCUUCUUCUCCCCUCUGCAAUUUCUCCGUUUUCAGGUAUGUUUUCUGUAGCUUUUCAACUCGGAAAAGUACCCUCCAAUCCCCUGUUUCUCUCACCACCAUGUCUGUGAUAUCUUUCCUUUAUACGACGUAUAAUGUAUAGUUACAAACACCAGUCGUCAGUUUCGUUCAAUAUGAUUUAUAAUCUAAUAUGCGUCGAGUAAGCGUCAUGUAUUACUAGUACACCCAUGUAUGGCUAACAUCCAUUUCGAUCCAAUUGAAUAAAAAAUAUCCUCACUGGA